UGAUGAUGCACUAGCUGUAUGAUAUCCUGAGUGUACUUUUUGUAACAUUUGCUUGACGAGUGGAUGGACAACUAAGUUUAUCCUAAGUAAUAAUAGUUACUAAGACUGCCAGAAGAGGACAAAUCUCCCUGACCUGAGUGCCGAUUUUACACAGGAUGGCGUGCCAGAGGCUGUGCAAUCGCCAGCUGGCAACGCUGUUUCAGCGAGCCUGCCGGGCUGCAUCUGAAGCAGCAUUGUCAUCACCAACACCAGCAACGCCGCUGCUGCCCACGCCCCAGUCUGUCGCGUGCACUCGUCCGACAGGCGUUCGGGCUAUACACCUCCAGACCAGCGCAGUCAAUGGCGCCGCUACUGCAGCAGCAAGAGCAGAGCACGCCCCGCGCAGCACUACAGCGCAGCAAGGAAGUCGCGGAGGUCACUGGGAGCAUAGCCGUAACGGUGGCGGCAGUGGUGAUGGUGGUGGCAGAAGUGACUGGAAGCCAUGGUCAGCUGCCUCGUGCCUACUGCUGUCUUGGACCCCCAUCACGUUGAUAGGGUUUUCGAAUGAGAAGAACAGUGAGCAGGGCGAAGAGAGUACCACUCCGGUCACGAAGAGUGUGACUGCUAAGGAACUGAAGAAGUUAGUAACGGAGGCAGACCAGCUACACAGGGCUGGAGAGUACCACAAGGAGUACGAGCUGCUCUUCCCGUACCACGCCUGCGAGGAGGCUGAGGUCCUCUGGCGCUUGUCGCGUCUCUCCAUCCUGUGCCGCGACACGGUGAUGAGGGUGGGAGGGCACUACGAGAGCUGCACGCGACAGGCACUGCGCCUCGCCAGCGCGGCUCGCACCCUUGCUCCGCAGAAUGCCAUGUGCCACCUGUGGUUUGGAAUUUCCAUGAAUCAUAUGCAGAAUUACCGUGCACCUCAUCAGAAGCUGACUGAUGUCGGCGAGAUGUUCAACUCCUUCAAGGAGAGUAUCAGAUUGAACCCGAACCUUGCCUACGCGUGGCAUUGCUUAGGGCAGUGGCACUUCCAUGUGGCCCAAGUUGGCUGGCUCAGUUGGCAGGCGGUAUCUUACGCCAACCCGAACCUUGAACGUGGAUCAUUCGAAGGGGCCAAGGACUGCUUUCUUCGCGCUGAAGAACUUAAUCCUGGCUUCUACCUGGGCAAUUUAAACUAUCUGGCCUGGACAUACGAGCAGCUCGGUGAAACCGACAAACAAAUCGAGACACUGAAGAAGGUGGUGUCCUAUGAGGCAGACGACGACGUUGAUGACGAGAACAUUCACGAAGCAGCCAUGAAGCUGGAAAGUUUGUUGAAGCCCCAACAAACAUAGGCAGCUGGUUUCACGGCCGUUCUUGCACCCAUCGGUCACCGUCCGUGAUAGAGUUCUCAUGCAUUGACUGUCGGUGAGUUUUCAGUCCUUUGCUCCGGUGUUAUCAAGACUCUUCAUCGCAUGCGCUGCAGUAUUUGGAUUAUAUCUGCAGUAUUUGGAUUAUCAUCCAUUGUCCUUAGUGCUAGCUCAUGCACAACAGAUCAAUGCGCUGUCAGGCCUAUGAACAUACACCCCAUGACGGGGAUUUCCCGUACGGGUCCAUGCUUCUUGGCCAUUUUUUCUUUCUCUGGUCUCCCUUGAUUCUACUCUAGGUACACUGCCACCCCCCCCCCCCCCCCCAUCUCCCUCGCCCAUUGAUGCUGUUUAUUAAGUAUAUAUUUUUCGCUUUAAUAUCAAUUUUAUUUAUGUUGCAAGGCAGUACUCUCACUCCGUCCAGGGUGGGUGGUCGUAGCUCUUGGAAUCAUGCUUGGUGUGCAGCAUGCUGAGUUUCUCUUGCAAGUAACGUUAUUUCUUCGUUCUUCUACAAACACGUUGCCUUGCAAUGCUCCCGGUCUUUUAAGCUUCAAAAAGACCGUGGUGCUGGUCUCUGCUACCACUCCUCACGACAACCGCAUGCAUUUCAAAGUAUUUCACAAUACUGAGCUGUUGGUUCGGAAGGACUGUGACAUGCUUCUUUUCUGUGAUACUUCAAUGUACAAUGUU